AUGUCCGCCGUGCUUUGGAGCGCACUUCAGUUUGCCGUCGUCUCGUACGGAUGUGUCCGUGUGCUCAAAUUCCUUUUCAUCAUCACGAAAAGUUUCGUCGUCCAUUUUCUGACGCCACAACACAGUUUGGAUUAUCUGAAGGACACUUGGACAGGUUAGACAUCGUUUUCUCACUUUGCCCUAGAAAAUUUCGCCUGUCGGCCGAUAAAGAUACAGAAAAUAGACUGCAAAGCAGAAAGUACAACGUCUGUCAAACGACGUAAACUAUGCAUUAUAGUUGUCACCGGUGCCACCGAUGGAAUCGGAAGAGCGUACAUCGAAGAGUUGGCCAAGACCCGAGGAAUCAGAAAGUUCUACAUGAUCGGACGAAACAUUGACAAAUUGAACAAUACUCGCAAAGAACUAGAAGAACGCUACAAAUGCGAAAUUCGAUGCCACGUUCACGAUUUUGAGAAGGAUGACUUAGCCAACCUCCCACACGACCUGACAACACUGGACAUUGGAAUUUUGAGUAAGUUCGCAGUAUUGUGAACUCAAUCAAUGCUGAAAUUCCAGUUAAUUGUGCGGGAAUCGCUCCACAUGUCAUUGGAACACUGACCGAGCUGCCUGAGGGAUUGGCGUCCAAGAUUCUCCGUGUUAACUUGAUGUCUUCAGUGAAAGUGAGCAAAAUUUAGUUUCGAAAUCUGAAUGUUUCGUUUUAGAUGGUUGAAUUGGUUCUCCCGAGAAUGGUUGAAAGGAAGCAGGGAAUUAUCGUCAAUAUCUCUUCGAUGACCGUGUGUUUUUGAAAAGAUAACGGAUAAUAAAGUGCAUUCUUGCAGGGAUGGAGACCACUCCCAUACAUCAGUUCGUACCCGGCCAGCAAAGCGGCACUUUCCUUCUUCUCCGAUGCCCUUUCCGAUGAGUACCGUGGUUCUGGCGUACGGGUUCAGGUUAGUAUAUCCACAUCAUUUGAUAAAGAACGUGAUGUGGAAUUUUUGGCGAGUAGGGUCGUAGCAAUUGUAUGCUACAACUCGACAAUAUUUGAAAACAUAACGCUUCAGAUAUUGAUCUCAACUGUUUUUUCAGUGCCUCAUCCCAAUGCUCGUUGCUACCAAAGUUGCUUCGUAUGAAGCUGAAGAAGCCAACAACGUGUUCGUGGUGACUCCAGAAAACUUUGCCAAGCAGGCUGUCAGAAUCAUUGGAACAUGGGAGAUCACCACUGGAUGCGUGCAACAUGAUGUUCAGGUACUAUUUGAUAACUCAAACCAUACCUAUUCGAUCAUUCAGAUUGCUCUUGGAACGCUUUUCUCCUUCUGGUUCUUCAAAGUACUGUUCGUUCCGAUUGUGAUGCUUGGAGUGCACAAGCAGCGUGUCGCUUCGUAUCAGGCCAAGAACCAGCGGAAGAAUGACUGA